UCAUCAUCAUCAAAGCAGAGUGUAUGAAGCAGUGUAUAACUUUUUGGUAGUUCAAAAUUGUACAAGUAUUUCAAAUCCUACCACAAAACCAUCCCCUCGUCAUCCCACUCGCUAUCAUCUAAUCAUUUUUCCACUACUUUUUAUCACUCGUUGCCACUACUUGAGCCACAAACUACCCAGUUACUGGAUUCUUAAAAUAAACACUAAUUACUCACGCGUUGAACGCUUUGGUGUGUUUUUAAGUUUUGUAAACUUUUUAAUUGAAAAUCGCUUCUGAAUUCUAUUGGAAAACACGAUGGGGAAACGCAGGGUCAGUGGUGGUGACCAUAAUAAUUAAAUGCCGACUGCUGGAGGGGAAUGCAGCAGAUGGACGAGUGCGGUUUGCAAGUCGCCGAAAUCUGCUGCGUCUUGUAAAUUGAAAUCAUCCGACGACGUUGUUUUUGAACACGGGAGAAUAACUUUGUAUAGUUUUAGGGGAUUUGUUGACUUAGCGCAGGACGAAUUUGAGAGUUUAGUAGAUUAUUAAUGACGAAACCUGAGUAGGGGUGGAUGUAAGAAAUUUGGUAGAAGGAGGAGGACAGACUGAAGAUAAGUGUGUAGUUCAUGUAUGAUUUAGUUUUUUAAAGUAUAUAUUUCUUAUUUUGUUUAGAUUUAUUUCUCAGGCAGCGUUGUGAUAUGAUUUAGUAACAUAUUCUUGUUUAAUUGUUUUGUAUUACUUUUAUAAAGUCAAGAUAGAAGAAAGACAAAAGAUAGGUCGACAUUUCGAUAGAAAUUUCGUUAGGUUUCCACAAAAGCCUUAAAUAACUUGACAACAGACGGUCUGUGCAAAUUGUACUUAGAUAGAACUACAAAAAGUUGACAUUUAAAGCAGCAACAAUACACAAUAAUAAUUUGUUCCGGUCCAAGUUAAAAGCAGGAGCGAGUCAUAUAAUAAUGGACGAGACCGAGAAAAUGGAAACAAGUGCUCAGGACGAAGAUUUUGAACCGACUGCAGAAAUGAUGGUUAAUGACUUUGACGAUGAACGGACUCUAGAUGAGGAAGAAGCCAUGGAUAACGAUGGUGAACAGGAUGAAAUAUGCGAUCUCGAAAGGGAUAAAGAUAUUCCAAUUGAAGAUUUAUUGUCAAUGUAUGGCUACAAUGAGGAAGCUGGUGGGGAAGGAGAUGAAGAAGACGAAGAGACGGAAGAAGAGGGGGAGGAGGAAGGCGAAGCAGAAGGUGAAGCAGAUGAGAACGAUAACGAGGGAAGACCAGAUGAUGAGAAUAAUCAGACCGUGCUAAAAGAAGAGGAAGAGGAGGAAGAAGAGAAAACUCCAGAGAAUGAAUGUGAGGAUGAACGGAAGCCAGUGAUUUUAGCGGAUACACAUAUUCAUCGAGAAGAUCGAUCUUUACUCCACGAAUUGUACAAAGAUGAUCCUAAUGCUCCAAGUGGAUCUCGCCAAUUAAGAUCCGGAUCAAGACAAGCAAGUGAGGACGAGGAAGAAGAGGACGAUGGCGAUUAUAGUCCUGAAGAAGAUGACUGGAAAAAGACGAUUAUGGUUGGGUCAGAUUAUCAAGCUGUUAUUCCGGAUGGUGUUCGAAAGUAUGGCGACGCUAUGCCAUAUGAAAACGAGGACAAAUUGUUGUGGGACCCAUCCGGAACAAGCGAAGCUAAUUUAAGCAAGUAUCUCGCCAUGGUGCAUGAAAUUCAUAAUAGUUUAUUGGGUGACGAUGUUAACGCAAUACCACACGGUUCACAUGUCAGAGAUGACGAACAAGCUCUGUAUCUACUUCAACAAUGCGGGCAUAAUAGUGAAGAAGCGAUCCGACGUCAGCGAGUCAAUAUUGCUUCUUCUGUGGAUACGAUGAGCUUGUGGUCUGAAGAAGAGUGUAGAUAUUUUGAAGCAGGGUUACGUUAUUUUGGGAAAGAUUUCAAUAUGAUUCAACAAACUAAGGUGCGAACGAGAUCAGUAAGUGAAUUAGUUCAAUUUUACUACUUGUGGAAAAAGACGGAACGGCAUGACGUAUUCGCAAAUAAGUCUAGAUUAGAAAAAAAGAAAUAUACAUUGCAUCCAGGAACAACGGAUUUUAUGGAGCGAUUCCUUGACGAACAAGAUAGUCCCGUUUCUUCUCCCAACGUACAUUCAUUACUGUCUGGCGACCCCAAAAGACAAACCAGAACUCCACCUCCGGUGCAAUCUCAACACGAUGCUGAGCUCAUCACGUCAGACGAAGCACGCAUUGUGAACACUCAUUUUGAAGAUAUUGCUCGGCACUUGGAUAAGGAGAGCCUUGAAUCACUUGUGAAACUUGCCGCAGCUGCAAAAAUUCCUAAUGGUAUGCCACCUUCAUCCACUGGCGACAUUAUACCCGUGUCGAUGAAUCGCACUUCUUGCCUAUCGUCUUGCGACGCAAUUGUUUCACACCCUGCCGCUCACCAUUCCUUUGCCCAGUGAGCAGAAUAAUAAUACUAACAAUCCCACCACUCUCGUCAUCUCCAUAUAUGUACUUUUUGUAUGUACCUUGUGAGGUAGUCAGACUUCUCGUACAAUGUCAUAUAUAAACAUAUAGAUAGCCAGCCAUACCAGCGGCAGUAAUACAUUAAAGGCUAAUUGACAGGAUCUAAGAAACCCUGACACUCGGCAGAUGACCCAGGUUUUCGAUGUAUGGGCAUCCACGUGUCAGGACAGUUAUCUAACGUAUUAAACUUGGAUAAUUGUCCCAAUGACCCAAUCCACGGUCGUUUACACGUUCAGAAUAUGAAAAAAUACGCGUCUCCGCCGUCCUCUACUAAGAAUAUUCUGUCAGUAAUAACUUUUGGAGGAGUUCGUUUCAGUACAAAUUAAACUAAUUGACAAGAAAUGUUGACCGAUUAAAUAAUAAUAAAAUGUAUGAAUGAUUUAUAUAUCGUCGUCGCUAAAUGUUCAGUAUGUAGGUAUAAUCUAUAGAUGUAGAUUAUGGUCCGAAAGGAAUGCCUGAAGAUUGUAUUUGUUUCGUUUGUGCUUCUGAUCAUUUAUUUUUUACCAUAAUUUUGCUACAAUGUAAUGAUACAGGUCUUUAUAUGUUCUAUACUCUAUUUGCAUUUACUAUAUUUAAAUGUUGUCUGCAGCACCAAGAAGCGUUCUCGAGAGAGUGUAUUGUUCUACUUUUAUAAACAAUUCUAGCUAGAAAAGACUUUUAAGACUAGAAAUUUGGACCGUGAGGAGGCACGCUCUUCAGGUCACAAUGUUGAAUAAUUUAUCACACACAUAAUCCCGAUGAUUGUAUAUUUGCGUGCAAAGGGAAUUUUGUACAAUUAUUUGUUAUUAUACUGUCUAAACUGUACGGUUUUUGUUUCGUACAAGGCACUUGACAAUUCUUAGAAGUACUAGUACUGAAGUCUAUGGAACUAUGUCGAAUGAAUUAAAGUAACGAGACGAUUCCUCCUAAAUAUUACACAA